GCUGGGCCAGUUCACAAAUAUGCCCUCAACCAGAAUGCUGUACUUACUGUGGGAAGCACUUCUGAGAGUGGGAGAGUGAGAGUGGGAGUGAGAGAGAGAGAGAGAGAAGAGAGAGAUACAGUGAAGGAGGGUGUGAGCAAUCAAGAGAGAAUGAGGAGGAGGAGGGGUGUAGUGGAAUGAAGAGGAGGAAAAGGGAGCCCUAUGGCUUACCAGUCUGUACACUUUACAGUGUCUUGUUUUUCUUUUAGUUAAAUUUUUCCACAAUAUUGCAGGUCUACCAGACACAAGAAGUGGGAGUUCGGCUUGAUAAAAUAUACCGGCCCAGAGCCACAUGCCUGAGAAGAAAGAAUUGGCAAUAAAGAAAAAGUAAAUAGAAUAGGACAUUUUAUUUGAACGGGUUAUUUUCUGAUAUUCAAAUCCUGACACAAUCCAAUUUUCAAGAAAACAGAACAGUAUUUCUACUGCCCAAUGUCUUUCUAAACAAAAAGGCUUGCAUUUGUCCCAGAAAGCAGAGAAUCAGGUUAAUUGUUGUAGCUCUGCUCUUCCCUGUGUCUACCCCAUGAUAACAGAGUUCUAAAGUCCUUCCAGCACAAUGUGGCUUCAAAGUGGAAAAAAGAGAGUUAACCUGGAUAUGGCAAAGACAAGAUAGACAAGAACCUAAUGUAAAGAAAAACAAAAAGCAUAUGGAUUGACUGUGUGAUGACAGAGGGAUGGAAACAGAAGGUUUUAUUUCCCUUCCUAUUGCUGCUUUCGUCUUAUUGAUUUGAAAACUUUGGAGGGAGGUGCUGUUCUUCUAGAAGUGAUUUGAGGCCCAGGAGACGGAACUAUCUGGAGAAUGUAAAUGCUCUCAGUCUGGGGAGAUAAGAAACUCUUUUAACAGAUUGGCAACUCUCUUGAAUUCUUCACAAACAGCACAGCACCACCACCACUUUGCAAUAGGGAGACAUUUUUGGUAAUUUGGUUUAAAUGAGCAGUCUCAGCAGGUUCUUACAGUAAAUAUCCUUCACGAGGAGGUCAAGACGUGAGAUUUACAAUCAACAUCAUUUUUUACAUUUAUAUAAUUAUUUAUAUAGUGAACACUAGUUGCCCAAAGUGAUUCACAAGUGUAUUAUGGCAAAAGACUCCAAGUGACAAACAGCAGAACAGUAUAUUAACAGUACAGAUAUUUAGUGCAAACCUGAUUAGCCACCAGAAACAUGAAUGAAGUGAGAUAUGGAUUCCACAAGUAGAUAAGAAUGAGUAGAACUCUGGUACUAAUCAAUACCUCAAUAACGCAUCAGGUCUUACUUGAUAGGAAUAAGCUUUCUUCCCUUUCUCCUGACAUUUAAAAUAAUGUGGAAGUAGAAAAAAGAAUUUGAUCAAUUUUUGUUUUGCCUGCGUCAGUCACAGACAAAAUAACAGUAGUAACCCCUUGACUGGGCAGGCAUAGGUGGAUGCUAUGGCAACCACUGCGCAACUACUCAUGUAUUUACUAUACUUUAGAACCACCAAAUUUGGCUUUUGACCUCAUGAGAAUUCUAGGACAUAGGAGACUCCCACCUUUUCCCCAAAGGUUUGCUGCGACCCCCAACCCCAACAUGUUUCCGGACUUUCCUGACGUCCACACUGGGUGGCGUGUAUUAGCCAAUGACGUGAUCGCUGGCCCGGCGGGAAUACUGCCCCAUGGGACCUGCGUCCCUGCGUUCUUCUCUGGGGUCAGAGGUCACUUCACCCUGGGAGUGUUUUAUCAGCAGAAGGGGCUGGUGGGGAGGAAGGGUUUUUUUUUGGUGCCUGGUUCCAUAGAAGCUCAGUUGUCGAAAGCAGUCCUUUGGGUUGGAGUGGAGCUAAGGAGAGAUGAUAUAAGAAGAAGAAGGGAGAGCCCAGUCUUUCAGAGGUUCAGGAACAACAAGAUUCACAACAGUGGCAGUGCAGAGACAGUUCUGUAUCAGUUACAUCACUGUCAGGGGCCUGACCAUGCACUGCAGGGGACUAAUUGUGCUGACCAUGGCUAUGACCACCAUCCAGGCAUUAAGAAGGAUCACAUUAAAGAAGAUGCCCUCCAUCAGAGAGAAUCUUUAUGAAAUGGGUGUGUCUCCUGGCCAGGUCCUUGCACAGAUAUCACCGAAAACUGGCGAAAGCCCCGCCCCCAUCAAUGGGAUAGCCCCCACACAACUGACCAACUACCUGGAUACGCAAUAUUUUGGUGAAAUCAGCAUUGGGUCCCCGCCACAAGUGUUCAACGUGGUGUUUGAUACGGGAUCUGCCAAUCUUUGGGUUCCCUCCUAUGACUGCUCCCCACUUUACACAGCCUGCUUUACCCACAAUAGAUAUGAUUCCUCGAAAUCCCAAACACAUGUUCCGAAUGGCACAGGAUUCUCCAUCCAGUAUGCAGCCGGAAAUGUCAGAGGAUUCCUGAGUGAAGAUAUAGUUGUGGUGGGUGGGAUUCCUGUGGUGCAGGUGUUUGCGGAAGCGACAGCCUUACCAGCAAUACCCUUCAUUUUCGCUAAAUUUGAUGGGGUGCUGGGCAUGGGGUACCCUGACGCAGCUAUCGACGGGAUCACCCCUGUGUUUGACCGCAUUAUGUCCCAACACAUCCUGAAGGAGAAGGUCUUCUCGGUGUAUUAUAGCAGGGACCCAAAACAUAUUCCAGGAGGAGAAAUCGUUCUGGGAGGGUCUGAUUCAAACUACUACACAGGAUCCUUCAACUAUGUGGGCACCAGUGCCAGUGGCAAAUGGGAUGUCACCAUGAAAGGGGUCUCAGUGGGGACAGAGACACUCUUCUGUGUAGACAGUUGCACGGCUGUGAUUGACACUGGCUCAUCCUACAUCACAGGCCCUGCCUCCUCUGUGUCGAUCUUAAUGAGGGCCAUAGGGGCCACAGAGCUGGCUGAAGGAGAGUACACGGUGAACUGCGAUCAGGUGAAAUCCUUGCCCAACAUCUCCUUUCGUCUCGGGGAUCAAGAGUACCCGCUGAACGAGGAGGACUACAUCCUUUGGCAGUCGCAGUUUGGAGAGGACAUCUGCACCGUGGCUUUCAAGGGCCUGGAUGUGCCGCCACCUACUGGUCCUCUCUGGAUUCUUGGCGCCAAUUUUAUUGCCCGCUACUAUACAGAGUUUGAUCGCGGCAACAACCGUAUAGGGUUUGCCAGGGCCGUUUGACCCUCGACCUCGUCCUCUCCCCCACCUGCUUCAGUUUUCUUACUGCUUCUCUGCCAUUUCAUCCAAAUAUUUUCCCAUGAGAACCCAAAGCAAUAUGACACACCCCAGAACCAGACCUACAUGGACCCCAAAAUCAAAGCGUAAUAAGUUAUUUAAAGUCACAUAUUAAAUAUGUAUAUAUUUUCCAAUUCUUUGUUAUUAUUUUGAAGAGACAUGUAGUGCAACACAUUGAAAGCAAUUUCAGUCUCAUUCUAGAAUGUAUCUUGUGUAUAUCCAAUGGUGUUGGAUCACCUGCCUCCCCCUGAAAGCGAGAGUUAAAUAAAAAAAUUAAUUGAGAUGAUUGACAUAUUUCUGCUCACCAGUGAUAAUUUUACACUGCCUAUGCUUCACAUUAAUUUGAGAUCAAGGUUUUUUUUUAUAUUUGUACACAUUUUGUAUACACACAGAGCUUUUCAGGAUUUAAGCAUACCCUGUAUAAAACUGCAUUAUGUAUAAUGAUUUAAUUGCCCUUUUUGGUAUGGAGAGAUGGAAAAUAAACAGAA